AUGUCAGAUAAAUCAGUUAAAAAAACUACAACUACUACCACUACAAAUAAUAAAAAUAAUAACACCAAAGGUGGUGAAAAAAAACAAAACAAUAAUAAUAAUAAUAAUAAUAAUAAUAAUAAAAUAAAUAAUAGAGACGGUAAUAAUAAUAAUACAAAUUCAGAUAAUAAAGAUAAUAAAUACCCACCAGAUCCAGUUUAUGAUGCACAUCAAAAGAGAAUUAAUGAACUUAGAAAUAAAAUAGUAGAGAUUAAUAAUAAUUUAGAAAAUUUAAAGAAAGAUAUGGUUGAAUUAAAAAAGAAACAUACUGGAUACAAAGAGUCAAUCGAAAAGAUUUAUGAAGGUAAUAAGAGUCGUACAUCAGAUCCAAUGAAAGCCCAAACCAUUGAGGCACGUAAUACCUUAAAGGCCUUGAUGGCAACACAAGAGGAGAAGAAGAAGAUAUUGAUCAGUCUCGAAGACCAAUUACCAAUAAAGAUCAGCAAGAACGCCGAAGAGGUUGACACCAUGUGUUCAAUCGAAGAGAGAAUUCGUGAAUUGGAAGAGCAAGUCGAGAAUGAGACCAACCCAAACCAACAACGUGCCCUCUUGAAGAAAUUGUCUCAAGUCAAUUCCAGCAAGAAAUACGUCACCGAAUACUAUGGAGUCAAGAACGAGUUUGAAAAGAUCAAGAAACAAGUCACUGAACAAAAAGCUCAAGUCAACGAGUUGAGCGCUCAAAUCAAGCCAGAGGAGCCAAGAGAGAAGCAAGAGGCCGUUCUCAAGGAACUCAAACAACAACGUAAAGACGUUGAGACAGAGAUCAAGGAGAACAACGACAAGUUUGUUGCCUCUCGUGGCUUCAUCGAGGAGAUUAAAAAGGAUAUCGAGGAGGAGAAGGCUUUGCUCGAGGCUCACGUCGUCAAACGUAAGGAACAACGUAAACUCGAACAAGAACAACGUAAACUCGAACAAGAACAACGUAGACAAGAACUCCUCGAAAAGAAGAAAGCCGAAGAGGAGAAAAGAAUCCAAGAGGAUCUCCUCAAAGUACCUUACGAGAAGGAAAUGAACAAUUGUGAUUCUCUCAUCUCUUAUCUCAAAGCUAUCACUCCAAAGGAAACCACCAAUGAACAAUCUGCUUUGGAUCGUAAUAUCGCUGAAAUUGAAGAGGGUUUCGUUCUCGUCAAAAAGGAGAAAGUCUCAAAGAAUCGUGAAAAUCCAAAGAAGAAAGCACUCCAACAACAACAACCAAAAGCUCAACCAGAUACCAUCAGACAUCCAUUAGAGAUCUUCUCUGAUUUCGAAAAACUCUCAAUGGCUCCACCACCAAAAUACUCUGAUAUCCCUGAAUAUAUUGACCAAAUUAAAUCAAAGAAAGAUCAUUAUUCAAAAUUAUCUGCAACUCAAAUGGAAGAAAGAUUAGCAAAAGCCAAAGCUGAUAAAGAAGCUGCUGCUACUGCCGCUACCACCACCACUGCUGAAAAAGAAAAAUCUGCUGAUGAAAAAGUUACCACCACCACUGAAGAACCAACUCCAGUUGCUCCAAUUGAUGACAACGCUACCUCAAAUUCAACUGAAAAUAAAAAUGUUGAAGUUGAAGCUCAAUAA